CCCAACAAAAUUUUACUGUAAUCAAACGAGUUAUUAGCGUGGCCAUUGAAACCAUGGCGAACAUUUGAAAUCACGGGCCAAGAUGGACAUAGAAGGAGGGUUUCCUGUAUGGAAGGCGAUAAGGCGAAAGUUGAGUCUGGAUGCUCCUUUUUUUACUGUUGCUCUUGCUAAACAGGUUACAUUGGAUUUAAGUUCUGAAGAUGAUAAAGAACAACUUGAUAGCUUGCAAGAUGAAGAAUUCUGGGAUUUACCUUGCCCAAUCAUUGGUUGUGGUGCACGACUCAGUUCCAUGGUAGAAUUUGAAGAUCACUAUUUUGCUCGGCAUACUGCAACAUGUUCUGUAUGCUCUAGGGUUUUUCCAACAACUCGUUUGUUGAAUAUACAUGUGGCUGAAUCGCACGAUUCAUUUUUUCAAGCUAAAGUUGAUCGUGGCUAUCCGAUGUAUGAGUGUCUUGUAGAAGGCUGUGGAAUGAAAUUCAACAGCGAUAAAGGUAGACAUCAACAUUUGGUGGAUAAGCACAAGUUUCCAAAGUCCUUUGGAUUUAGAAAAAACCACCAUCCCUCAAAACGACAGCGCCAACGACUACGAGCUCAGGUUGGUUCCAAUGCCAAUGCCAAGCACCACCUACAUCAUGCUUCAACUAGAAAGUCAAAGAACUAUCUUGAGCUUCUUCCAGACCAAGAGGAACCAAAUUCAUUGAACAAAGAUGAUGAUGAUGGCAACCCCAAUGCAGAAGAAGGAAAAGAAAAUAUGAGCAUGGAAGUGGAACAGAGUAUUGAAGAUCUGACAAGUGCUGUAUCAAAGCUAAGCACACAGGAUGGUGUCCCUAAAGCUGUCAGCUUUGGCCACCGUCACAAUCGGGCCUUUACAUUUAUCCCUCGUUCAAUGCAUAGGAAAACAGGAUAAUGUGUGUCUGCAUUCCUAUCUACUUCAUCUCAUCAUCACUAUGAAUGUAGAUUACAAUCAUUAGUUUUGGUCAAAUUUGUGAAUUAAAAUUACUUGUUUGCAAUCAUAAGCAUGCAUUAACUCU